AUGCCUUGUCCGACGGCGCGCCCUCGCGGCGUCGUCGUCGGACAGGCCAGAAAGGGACUAGUGUCCGGUGAUGGAUGGUUUGGUCAGAGUAGAGGUUGCAGGGUUGUGGCGUCGCUGACCAAGGCGCUUGGAGGAGUUGACGAUGGUGGGCGGCAGCGGCGGUUAGAUGGCAAGAAGGCUCCGGGAUCGCUUGAGGAGCGUCGACGGCGUGAUGGGUGGAUGAAUUCGAUCUGGGUUGGGAGGUUUGAUGGUGAUGUUUUAUCAGUGCGAAAGUCAGUGAGUAUAACAUCUAGUAGUGAACAUUUGACUUUCCAGUAGGAGAACAACACGUGGCUUUUGUGACAAACGAGGAUUUCGACACGUGUACCACCACAAAUCCGCUAUGGGAAUCACCGGUUCCAGAUGAAGUUGCACUUGUUCACUCAGGCACAUUUUAUUUCAUUGGCACCUUCGCCGGCCACUGCGCCAAAGGCCAAAAGGUUGUCAUUAACUGGACCAACUCUCCAGUCAUGACUCCUGCUCAG